AUGUCUGGAUUCUCUUCAUUAUUUGGUAAAUCUAGUGAUAAGUAUGAUCUGUCUAUAAAUGAGUUGUUCAAUAACUCGGCAGAUGGACCAAUUUCCAAAGAUAAGCUCAUCGAGAGGAAAAGAACAGUAAUUGAAGUACCCAACCCAAAGAAACGUAAACAUACAAAAAGAGAUGAGGACGAAGAGAGUGACAUACAGGAGGAAGAACUGAGUAAACUGGAAGAAAACGAAAGUGAAUCUAGUGAAAGUCAGGAGAGCGAAAAAGAAGAGGAGAAAAGAGCACUUAAAAAGAGUAAAAAAAAGGACGAAAACGACAAUUUGGAAGCCAAAUACUUUGAGAAAGUGAUAAGAUCUGAAGAGAAUGAAGAUGGUGUUAAUGGCAAUGAGGAAUCAAACAAAGACGCCGCAAAAAAAGAAAGCUCACUCCUGGAGCAGGAACCCAAAAAGACCAAAGCAGCUCAAGCCAUUGACUUCAAGGAGGACGAAUUGGAAAAAGCUGAGAGAACGAUAUUUGUGGGUAAUGUUCCUAGCGAUGUUAUAACGUCAAAGACCGUCGCCAAGAACUUCAAAAAACUUUUCAAAGAAUUUGGCAAAAUUGAUUCCAUCAGAUUCAGAUCUAUUUCUUUUGGGGAGAAUUUACCUAGAAAAGUAUCAUUUGCCAAAAAGAGCUUGCAUGAAUCAAGAGAUUCGGUAAAUGCGUAUGUUGUUUUUGCUGAAAAACUGGCGUCAUUGGCUGCUAAAAAAUUGAAUGCAAAUGUUUUUGAGAACCACCAUCUUCGAGUUGACCAUGUUGCACAUCCGGCACCAAAAGAUAACAAGAGAACCAUAUUUGUUGGUAAUUUGGAUUUUGAAGAAAAAGAAGAGAGUUUGUGGACGUAUUUCAAUGACAAGUUGGAUAAUGACGUUGAAUCAGUGAGGGUUAUACGUGAUUCAAAAACGAACAUGGGUAAAGGUUUUGCAUUGGUUCAAUUUAAUGAUACAUUGACCGUAAACAAGGCAUUGAUGUUGAAUGAUAAGCCAAUGGAAGGAGUAGGCAGUUUGGGAAAGAAAAAGCCCCGCAAAUUGAGGAUAUCAAGAGCCAAAUCAAAUGUCAAGCCUUCGUUAAUGUCACCAAAUCACAUUGAUAAUGUCAAGAAGAGUUAUGCAUCAAAUAAGUCUCGCGAGCAACAAAACUUGACGGAUACUCAAAGGACUAAAUUGGGUAGAGCACAAAGUGUUUUGGGUAAGGCUGACAGAUCAAGAGUUGGCAAGCCAAAGAAGGUGGUGAUUGAAGGUGUCAGAGCAACUAAGGGUCAGAAAAUUGCUGGUAUCAAAGGAUUGAAGAGUGGGAAAGUCAAGAAGCCAAGGAUUAGAGAUCGGUCAACGAAGUUUAAAAAUGAAAGAGAAGCUAUGAAGAAGGAGGUUAGGAAGUAG